UCUGUAGAAUAUGAAGGACAGUAUGAAGAUUCUCUGGUAAUUUCAGAUCUCUCUCAACUGCCUCGCUUUGUGUAUUCUUUAAUUGCCUCAGACUAAGAUAUACUUCCAGUCUGGGCUCUGGGGCAUCAUGCCGAUGAAGUACGAUAAUAUCAUAGAAGUAUUGCUUCCACUGUUCACCAGGGUACCAUAGUUACCCAAUUCUGAGAAUGACAAGAUUAGAUUCAUGGGGAAGUCAUUGUAGCUUACAUCGGCAUAGGUAUUUUUGCCUCUCUUCUCCCAACCGUAAUGCUUGAAGGACUUUGUGGAGAAAGAGAAUUCUUUUACGUAGAUGAUUUUGUAACCUGAACUCUGAAACUCUUCAUCCAUGAUCACUAUUGUGAGAUGCCAUACCUUGACUGAAAAAUCAUUGUUAUAGGGUUCAUCUGGCUGUUUUGUAUAACUGUAUUCCAGCUUUGCCUUCAGCUUUUUAGAUAUCACCUGGGUUGUAAUCUUAGUAAACUUAUUACUUAUAUCUUUUAAGGAGUGUUUAAUAUCUUUAAGCAUGAAGUAGUUGUUUUUACUGGCCUUAUAAAACUCUCUCAAAUCUUGGUUAGUUGCUUCUGUUGCCUAAAAGCUUUUUGUUUUUGUACUUCUUGUUAUUCAUUCUUAUCGGCAAUAUCUUCUUUCUGAAUAGCUUUAGUACCUUUUUUACCCUUCUUUCUGAUAACUGGUUGUCAGCCAUUACUCUCGGUGCCAAAUUUCUUUUAUUCACAUAAAGAUUUUGAAAGAAAAACUCUCCUUUUUCUAAAUCUUUCUUUCUCACUUAUGAGAGGAUUAGAUUAACUCAAUUUCUCUACUAGAAUUUAAGCCAGGCUAAUCCUAGUCUGAGCUAGGAAAGCAACUUUUGAAAACAAACUUUCCUCCUAAAUCAUUAAAUCUAUAA